AUGGCUGAUUCUAAAGCCUACACCGUCGGCUGGAUCUGCGCCCUUCCCACCGAGUUCGACGCGGCACAAGCCUUCCUCGACGAAGAACACGAUGAAUGCCCCCCAGUCGCCCAAAACGACAAUAAUAACUAUGCCCUUGGCAAGAUUGGGAGGCAUAAUGUCGUUAUUGCUGUCUUACCGGAUGGGGAGUACGGUACAAAUGCUGCUGGGACUGUGGCUCGAGAUAUGCUGCACAGCUUUCCGAAUGUGCGCAUCGGACUCAUGGUCGGCAUCGGCGGUGGCGCACCCAGCUCAAGGUAUGAUGUGCGACUUGGUGAUGUUGUUGUUAGCAGUCGCAAUGGGGGCAAAGGUGGCGUCUUCCAGUACGACUUUGGCAAGGCAGUGCAGAACCAGGAUAUCUCCUUUGAGCAUACAGACUUCUUGGACCAGCCACCCACGCUGCUACGAACAGCCGUUAGCGCGCUCAAGAGUCGAUACAAGAGGAAAGGCCAUCAGCUGAAUACCGCAAUCGAUGAGGCAUUGGAACGAUGGCCUCGACUGCGUGGGGAAUACUCACGACCUCCUCUAGCGAGCGACAGACUCUACCGAUCUGACAUCACCCAUCCACACUCGUCAGAAGGAUGCGUCCGGGUGUGUAGUGAUGAUUCAACUCAUAUAGUACCCCGGGCCAAACGAGGUGAACACACCGACGACCCUGCGAUUCACUACGGGUUGAUUGCCAGCGCGAACCAGCUCAUGAAGAACGCUACGCUCCGGGACAAAUUGGCCGCUGAACAUGGCGUUGUCUGCUUCGAGAUGGAAGCCGCUGGUCUCAUGAAUCACUUCCCCUGUAUGGUUAUACGGGGAAUCUGCGACUACUCCGACUCACAUAAAAAUAAGGAGUGGCAAGGCUUCGCGGCUAUGAUGGCAGCAGCGUAUGCCAGAGAUCUUUUGCACCAGAUUGCGCCAACCAGUAUUGAAGCUGAAAAGCCAAUUAGCGAAGUACUUGGUUCCAUUCAACGUCGUCUUUCCGACCUGAAAGAGAGACUACAGGAUCUCAAGCUUGACAAGGCUGAGGAUCUCUCUGUUGCCCGCAGUCCUCAUUUCGUCGUACCGUUUCCUUCCGAUCCCGACUUUGUGAACCGGUCCGGCAUCUGGACAUGGAUUGAAGAGCGGCAUGCUGGACCUGAGAGCCGCUUCGCUCUCGUGGGUAUGGGCGGGUUUGGCGUCUUCUGGGUCCAUGGCAGCACGAAAGCAACGUUCGAAGAGUCCUACCGCUCCAUAGCAGACGUCCUGGCGCUUCCUCGUCACCACGACCCUGAUGUCGAUGUCCUAGUGCUGGUCCGCGACUGGCUACAGCGAGAGGACGUGAGCCCGUGGCUUAUGAUUAUCGACAAUGCGGAUGACAUUCAGAUGUUGUUCUCCAAGCGUAAUGGCGAAAAGCCAAUAACGUCUUAUCUACCAAAGAGAGAAAACAGCAAGAUCCUGAUUACAUCGCGCAAUUCAGACGCCGCAGAGAGGUUAACAGGAAACGUCAAGAUGAUCUACACAGUCCCAACCAUGGAGAACGAACAGGCUCUUCAGCUUCUACAAAAGAAACUGGGCCAGGACGUCAACAAAGCUGCCGCAUUACGGCUGAGCCGCACCCUUGAGUGCAUUCCUCUCGCCGUAAACCAGGCAGCAGCGUAUAUCAACAAACGAAGUCCCCGGCGAUAG